ACGCUAUAAUAAAGAUCAUUCAUGAAAUUUUAUACUUUCGACCCUUUCAUUAAUAAAAAAUGUACAUUUUUAUCAAGCUAAUUUAUUAAUGGAAUCAACGGGUAGUAGCUUUAGUGAUUCCAUUUUAAAAAUAAUGGGAUUUACUAGUUAAUGUUAAUAUUAAUAGCGAUUUAGCCGAAUAAUUACAUUUAAGGUUUGGUCCUCCAGCAUAGAUCGGAAGAGAGGAUUCGGCUUUCUAAAAGCUUUCACCAAUCGAGACUCGAUGGUGGAGAGAUGGAAACGGGAAAGGUAACAGUGGAGAAAGUAGAUGGAAAAUCAACAGUGACAAGAUGCUUCUCUAAGUAUCCUCUCAAAUUCAUCAUUCCCACAAAGGUGGGUCCUUCCAAAAGUGAUGCUGUUUGGAUUUACACCCUCACCUAUGGUGGUGGCAUUGUCUCUGGAGAUUCUAUAUCAAGUGAAUUUAACAUUGGAGAUGGAUGCACCACUGUCCUCACAACCCAAGCUUCUACCAAGGUGUACAAGUCUUUGGGUUCUAAAUGUUCUGAACAAUUUCUUGAGGCAAGAAUUGGCAGGGACUCCCUUUUGGCUGUCAUUCCAGAUCCAGUGACAUGUUUUUCAACUGCAAGAUACUCUCAAAAGCAAGUCUUUAGAGUGCUUUCAGACUCAAAUUUAGUAAUUGUUGAUUGGAUUACCAGUGGACGUCAUGAAAGUGGAGAAAAAUGGGAUUUUGAUCUUUAUAAGAGCACCAACAACAUUUUCUUGGAUCAUGAUCAGCCUUUGUUCCUUGAUACCGUAUUGCUAGAGCAAGGAAACAUUGCUGCUAUCACAGAACGCAUGCGUGACUACCAAGUUAUUGCAAUGGUUAUAAUCUUGGGGCCAAAGCUGAAGCACAUUCAAACUCAAGUUCAAGAACAUGUGAAAAUGAUAAUGUCUGAGCAAUUGCAAGUGCCUUUUGUUGGCUUACGUGGCCAUAUAAAAUCAAAUUCUAGUAUUUGCUUCACCAAACCACCAUUUAUUGCAUCUUGCAGCUUAUUUGGUCCUAAGAAAAACAGGAUUUAUGGAGCAGCUGCGAUGGACAUUCAAGUGUGAGAAUGUGGAGAUCCAGAGUGUUCUUGAGGAUCUUAUAAAAGGAAGGGAACUGCAAACAACAAAUUUGAUGACAACUCUGCUAAUCAAAGAUCAAGCAACACAGCAAAUCAACUCAAUCCAAUUUCCUUUCAAAUCUUUAGUCGUUUAUUUCAAUCCAGUCAAUUUCCAUUUGAUUCCUGGUAUAGGAAUUUCAAUUUCUAAGUCCUGUAUUUCUAUUUCUAAUAUUUAUUGCAAAAUCAAACAAAGAUCCAUUUGCAUUCCAAUAUAUAAAAGCCUUGUAAUCUGUUUUCGAUUUCACAAUGGCAAAACUAUCCAGUCCAACUAGUUACCCACUGUGUGAUUUUUAGAAGUCAGUUUUAGCGCAUCUUUGGUUGACAUACCUAGUGUUUGGCAUGCUUGGUGGGGACUCGAACCCAUAAUCCUCUGAUACCCAUAAACUUCACACUUUCCUCUCAUAAGAAACCUAAUUUUACUCAAAUAUUUUUCUAUUUUACAACCUAGCUUCACUUUCCUCACUAUAAAACCAUCCAUCUUGUUACUGCUUACAAUCAAAAGCUGAC